AUGGCAUCCCGGGCUGGUUCCGCUGCUCGUGUAAUGAAACUUUUGGGACGAAGAUCUCCAACAAAGGCUGCUUUAACGCUGACUCCAUCAGCAGUGAAUAGAAUUAAAAAACUGCUCCAGCUUCAGCCAGAUAUGAGAGCUCUGAAGAUAGGUGUGAAGCAACGAGGUUGCAAUGGACUGACGUACACACUUGAUUAUGCGAAAGAAAAGGGUAGACUUGACGAAGAAGUUUUACAGGACGGUGUUCGGGUGUGGAUCGAUUCAAAGGCACAGCUUUCUCUUUUAGGCAGUGAAAUGGAUUUUGUAGAGUCUAGACUAUCUUCAGAAUUUGUGUUUCGCAAUCCGAAUGUUAAGGGUACUUGUGGUUGUGGCGAGAGUUUCAGAGUUUAA